ACAUUUUCACUGCAUACCAAGAGAAGAGAGUAGAAGAUAGAAUACAAAAAUGGCCAUGAAGAAGUUGGCCUUGUUUUCACUAUUGCUUAACCUUGCAAUGUUUCUUGCAAUUGUUCUUGCAAUCGUUCCGAAAACCACGGGUGAAGGAUAUGGUGGUGAUGAUGAUGAUUGUGGUGACCUCUUGGGGAGUGAUUUGUACAAAGAUAUCUGCCCUGAGGCAGAGGCCAUAAUAUUUGCUCGGGUCAGAUUGGCAGUGUUUCAGGACACGAGAAUGGCAGCCUCUCUGCUUCGUCUCCAUUUCCAUGACUGCUUUGUUAAUGGGUGUGACGCUUCUGUGUUACUAGAUGACACUGACAACUUUGUUGGUGAGAAAACUGCAGCACCAAACUUGAACUCUCUGAGAGGUUUUGAAGUGAUUGAUGCAAUAAAACAGGAACUUGAAUUUGUUUGCCCUCAAACAGUUUCCUGUGCUGACAUUCUUGCAACUGCUGCCAGAGACUCUGUUGUCGUGGCCGGUGGACCAAGCUGGGAUGUCCAAAUGGGAAGGAAGGACAGCUUGACUGCUAGCAAAGCACUAGCAAAUAACAUCAUCCCAGGCCCGAAUUCUACCAUUGGAAACCUGGUUGCCAAGUUCCAGAACGUAAACCUUAGCUUGAAGGACAUGGUUGCACUCUCUGGUGCACACACAAUGGGGAAAGCCCGGUGCACCACCUUUGCUGCUCGCCUACAAGACUCCACCAACCCAAAUGGCCCUGAGGCGUCUCUGGAGUUCAUUCAGUCACUGCAGCAGCUAUGCUCAGUAUCCGACAGCAGCACACUGGCAAACCUUGACCUGGCAACUCCAGAAAUGUUUGAUAACCAAUACUACGUUAACCUACUUUCUGGGGAGGGUUUGCUUCCAUCCGAUCAGAAUCUCGUGACCGGAGAUGAGCAAACGCGUGAAUUGGUAGAGACCUAUGCACAGGACAUGUCUACCUUCUUCCAAGACUUCAAAGAUUCUAUGAUCACACUGGGAAGGUUGGGACCAUUUACUGGGACGAAGGGGGAGAUUCGUCGGAACUGUCGAAGUGUCAAUUAAUCUUUUUAGCCUACUGUGGAAACCACUUUCUACAGUGGGACGCAGCAGAGGCAUUUCAAUGGUGUACUCAAAUUAGGAAGCUUUGUAUUGCUAAUGGUGAUAAUGGAAAUAACAUUCUUAACCAAAUGUUUUCCAAAUGGUAUUUGGUAACAAA